GAGAGUCAUAAAAAAUUUCAUGAACGUAAAAGAUCAAGUAAGAAAUGGCGCACACGUUUUUAUAAGUUCUUUUCCUUUUCUCUCUUUUAUCCUCGAAUAUUGUGAUCAUAUCAUGUUUGCCACAACUUUAGUUUGGUCACCAUCAAAUUUAAAAUGGAACUGAAAGGGUUUAUUGAAGAUGGGAAGGAGGGCAGUUGUGAUAGAAGAAAAAUUAUGGCAGCUGUUGUCUAUUCUGGAACUUUGGCUUGUAUACAAAUAAAUAAAAUCAAGAGCCUACUACAGAAUGUCAAUAUGAGUUCAAAGAAAAUUAGUAUUAAAAUAUUAAUAUUAGUAUUAUUAUUAGUUUUAAAAAACUUCUGAAAUUUGAGUUUAUCUCAAAUUGCCAUUCAGAUAACCCGUUGUACUCAGUUAACUGUUUAAGAGAGUAGUUUUGUUAUGAUUAUACAUUUAAAAAUAACAAUUAUUUCAAAGGACAAUUGUGUUACCAAUUAGUUAAUCAAAUAAAUAAUCUCGAAUUAAAGUACAGCACAAAUUGUCUUAUGCAAGAGGAUGUUGCUCUAUAAAAAACUGUUAUGCCUCUUUUAUUAAUUUGAUUAACAGUAGCAAAUCUUAUUAACGAAAUAAUUGAUGACUGUAGCAUUCAUUUAAACUUUGUGAAAACUUACUUAACAAUAACUAUUAAUUUUGUGCAGAUACAUCUGACCUGUCCUGUUGAGACUUGUUGGGAAAUAAUUGACAUUGGUAAGUUAUCACCUUUUAAUUUAUUUUUGAAUAAUAUAUUUCAAUGUAAUUUCCACUAUGUAGUUUUUAAAUAAAAAUUCCAAGUAUUAGAAUUUGGUUUACUCUGCUAGACAUGUUUCAUAAAUUUAAAAAGGAAUUUACAUUAGUUAACUUUUAAUAAGAUUAAAUCACAGUAUAUAUCUAUGCAUUCUUACCCUUGAAAUCUUAUGCAAAAUUGCAGUUUAUGAAAAAUUAUCUACCAGAAAAGACAAACUUCUCCAAGUGUUUGAAAAUUUUCUUCAAAGCAUUGGGCCAAAAUUCACAUAACCAGGUGGCUUCUGGUUUGGGAUGAAGAUGAUGAUGAAAUAUUUAGAGGGUGGUGAUGGGUUGGAGAGAGGGAAGUACUGAUAAAUCCACUGUAUUAUUUUUAUUAAAACCUUGCAUUUUUACUUUCAGAACUUGUGACAAGACAAAUAGACCCCCUUACUUAUGAUUUGCUUAAUAAGAAACUCCUCAAUAGACAGGAAAGUGCCAGUGAAGAAGUGGAAGAGUAUCUGUAUCAGAAAAUCAGGUUAGUGAAAAAGAUUUGUGACCUAUUAAUUUAAUCUGGAAAUUGUAAGUAAGGAAGCUUUGUGACACUUUGAAUUCCAUGAAAGCCUAAAUUAUUUGAUCUUGGGUUUUAAAAAUUUCAUUGACCAAAACUUUUUUUACAUGUUAAUUUUUUUUAUUACUAAACUUCUCUUUGUUUUUAUGCUUCAUUAGACAAAUAAAUUUAAUUUCUUGGUUCCUCUAUGGAAUGCUGAAAGGACAGAAUACAAAAAAAUACAUCACCACUUGUUCCAUAGCUAUAUUUACGAGACGCUUCAUAAUUACUUAUUUAUUUAAUUAUAAUUAAUUAUUUCUUUGCUUAUUUUUAAAUUACAUAUUUUCACUUGAUUUUUUGGAGCAGCUGUUUUCUUAUUAAAUAAAAUACACUUUAGUCCAUUGCAAAAGGCUAUUGGUCUUGAAAAAAUAAUAUUAGACUAGUAAUUCAAAACAACAUUGUGGAUGCAGAAUUCUUUGGUUGUUUUUAGUCUCAUAGAAUAUCUUUAUAAUUCAGGGGUGUGGGAAAAAGGGUGGCUUGAUUUUGCAAAUGGGAAUAUUGGGAUUUAUCAUCAUUUAGGCUUGGACGUUUCAGAUAUCCAUUGCAGCCUAUAAAGUGCACUACACUAGAAAUAAAUAAGCUUUCCAUACUUAAAUGGGCCUACAUUGAUUGUAAUGAAAGGGAAGACUUUGAGGAAAUCAUUGUUUGAAUUCUUAUGCAACAAAACAUGACUAGAUAUGAGAACACGAGGUAGAAGAUGAUUCAAACGCACUUGGGCUUGAGUGAAUUGUAAACCUGGGACCAGGGAAAUUAUCCCCUCAAGAAACAUUAUCAUAGUACACUACAAAUUCAAAAUAAAGAAGAGCUUAAUGUGCCCAUAACAAAAAUCCUUUUUCUUCAAGUCUUAAAUAUUAAAAAAACAAACUAAGUCUUAAUAAUAAAAAUGAUAAUUGAAUUUUAAUUUUCUUUAUUUGAAAAUGUAUUACCAAUUUGUGUGAUAAUUAAAUAUAGAAAAAUAAAAAGCCAUAUAAAAAAAUGUUUGUUCUUAAGAAAAGUGAUUUGAUUUGUUGGAAGAAAAAAAAGUUAUUAGAAUUAAUUGAACUAUUCUGAAAAAUUGUUAUGAUCACAUACUUAUUGCAUAACUUAAAAAUACUCUUUAUUCAGCUGUCUAAGCUGCAAGACUAUUGCAGCUAUGGAUAAGAAGGCAAUACACUUUAAAUGUCGAAACUGUUCUAAAGUAAGUAACAUUGUGAUUUUAAAAUUAAUUAGGAUUUGUGUGUGUGCUAAAAACAAAGUUUUAAAUGCUUGGGAUUUAGGCGGAUUAAAAAAGAUGUUACUAUAUAAACUACAGUAGUUAAAGUUUAUAAUAACAAUAAAAUGACUUAUGAAAAGCAACAAAGGAUAUUGACACCAAGCCCCAUUGCAGAAAAAAAAAGUAUUUUUGCAUAUUGUUUUAGUGAUCACAUCACAUUAAAAUAAUUGUGGAGUUCAGUGGAAAUGGGGCCAAUGUUUAUGCAGACUUUAUUUUAUGUUGUUUAUAAUUGCUUUGUUUAAUUAAUAAAUAACAUUAAUCCAAAAACAUGUUUAAUUUUGGUGCAUUUUUUACUUUGCAUAAAGUUUUUAAAAAAAUAAUACAAUGAGCAACUUUUAUUUUAGAUAUAGGCCUACUUCAUAAGGUUAUCAUUUACUUAUUCAGGAAUAUUGUAGUUACUGUCACAAAGAUUGGCCUGGAAGUAACUUACACAAUGAGUGCAGACUCCUGAAUUGUUCUGGCACCAAAUGUUUUCAGGAGCUCCACGUACCUCCAGAUAAUUGGGAAGAAAGUUACUCAGCAUUGAACAUAGAGCAGGUCAGUUGGAUGAAAUGUAAUAAAACAUGGUCUGCUUCAUUUGUGGAUUCAGUUUAGCCCACAGAUAAUAAAAACUGUUUUGUUUUAAGAAGGGUUCUUCUAAGGAAGCUCUUAUGUCAUGCCACUAAUAUUUGAGGCAACUACAAUCCCUUAUAUAUAGCUAACUGCGUUUCCUCGGUUAGGAAGGGGGCAAGUUGAAUUGGUCAAUUUAAUCUACUCUAACCCUAAGAAAAGCUAGCCAAGAGAAAGUAAACAAAUUGUUUUAGGAAGAAUGUCUAAUAAAUGGACUUUCGUGGUACCGUAAUAUGAUUUUCCACACUUGUCCUUUCAUGGUAGAAAGAAAAGCAGAAUUUUACCAUAGCCCAAAACAAGGCCACUGAAUCAGAAUGAUGUUGAGGCUGUUUAAUUAUUUUAAAAAAAAUUACCACAAGCAUAAAACUAUUACACUUCCUAUGUGUUUUAAAGUAUAGUUUUUUUUCAGUUGAACAUUGGUGAUGGAUUAUGGGUUUUAAUUGAGAUAAUUAAAGGGGAAAAAUUACAAAGCAUCAUUGAAAUUGUUUGUAAUUACAAAUGUAGUGAAAACUUCGUAUUUGUAAAUAAAAACAAAUGAUGUUUUUGAAAAAUCUUGUAAAGAAAUGUUUCAAGUCUUUGAUCUCAGUCUUGUCUUUGUUUUCAAUUCAAAAUUCCCCUGUGCUAAAAGUCUACAUUUAAAUUUAUGCUCUCCCUUUAACAUUUAUGGUUGCCCUGCUCUUGAUUUGAUUUUAUUAAAAUUUGAAAAAAGAAAUUUUUAUUUUUAGAAUGAGCUCAAAGGUCUGCCAAAAACCAGCUUGGUGAGUCUAAAUGGGCGUGAAGGAAGAGCAAUUAUAAGUUUAUUCAUACAAACUUCACCUGAUUUAUGGAUCACAAAGAUAAUCCGAUUGCAAAAUAUGAAGCUCUGGGAAAAAUAUGUUUUGUAAGUAGAGUAUUUAAAUCGUAUUUACCUAUGGCACUUGUCUGAAAAUUGAAAUGACAAAGACAACUUUUUUUUUUAAUAAAGCUCAAAAUGAACUAACUUUUAAUCAAUUGACUAUUAUUUUUAUUUAAAAAAUCUGCCUGUCCCACACCACCCCCUUUCAUAUAAAGAUAAAAAUCACAAACUAAUCCCUUAUAGCAAUGAUACAUCAAAAAAUGAAAUUUUGUAACAUUAAAUCAUUUUAAAGAAAAAAGUGAGAAGUAAAUGAACACUCUGAUGAAAGAGAGGCUAAAUGUUUUUCUUCACUUUUUCAAUUUUACUAGAUAAUGAACAAAACGGCCCAUAGGAUCUUUUUCAUCAGCGUGUUGUGUUGUUAGGAUUAACACUUAAAGUCUGGAGACUAAAAGAAAGCAAAACUCCCAAAGAAGUUUAUGUAUGUUAUUUAUGACAGAUGAUUGGUUGAAUCAAUUAGCUUGCUGCAAAUUAGUGAGGCUGUUGUUCCAGUCAGCUCAGAUGUAUCAGAAUGUAUAUUGCAGUCGGCCAAUAGGAUUUAGUAAAUCACCCGUCACCUGCCCUCCCACAUUUGUUAUACAUUGCUUCAUCGCAUGGCUUACCAAUUAGGUUAGUCAUAGAGAAUAUGGAUAGGAUAUGAUCCAAUAGCCAUAUGAGGCCUCCUGGCCAUAGUUCUAAUAUAAUGCUCUUAAACAGGGAAGAAAUUCAUCAUCAAGUUUUUUUACUGCAAUCGUGGCAGGGGGAGAUCCUCAACGUGCCCCAACACAGUCUGGUAUUAAGGGAGAGGGACCCGAUUUCGGGGCUGGGUGGAGGUGCUUUGGGGAGGGCAUUAAGAGCUUAAGCUUGACGGCCCACCGACGCCAUUUCCUAAUGUCAUAAUAAUUGUAAUCUUGGCACGCAAUUUUAAAUUACAUAAAAAUAAAAAAAUAAUAUUAAAAAAAUAAUAAGUAAGUUGAAUUUUGUUUUUUGACAACUUCCUGUCACCAUCACAUUUUUCCACCACUUCCGAGCCAAGUUCAGCAAAUUUUCUUACCUCAAUUUUUUCUUGUUUCAUUUGAUGAUGAUGGCUUCUUGCACAAAAGUUCAUUAUAAUAUCAUUUUCUUCCUUGCAAGCUUUCCCAUAACAUGUUCUACCAUUUUCAACAAAUAUGAGGUUUUUGACAUUAGUGACCUUAAGAUUUAUCAAAUAGGAAACGCAAGCACAUGGUUGAGGAAAUAGGCGUGUCCAACGUCAACGAGAGAGUCUUAUUUCAUGGAACAAAUGAAAAAAAUAUUUCUCUUAUUUCUGAAGAAGGCUUCGAUAUGAGGGUAGAAACUGCAAACGGAGCUCUGUUUGGCAAAGGUGAGAAAUAUAAUUUAUGGACAGACAUUGCUUAGAUUAAAACUGUUAUAUUUUUAAGAAUUGAAUUGUAUUUUUUUUUAUUUACAACUGCAACACUUGAAUAAUAGAUUAAUUCCCAAUUGUGUUUGAUGUUAAAUUUCUUCAAUGUUUAUCGAGUUUGAUUUUUUAUUAUGUGUUUCUUUGCUCCGAUGUUUCUUUAGUGCUUGAUAAUAUUGUUUUCUCCAGGUACCUAUUUCAGUACAACAUCAAAAUAUUCCCAAAUAUAUUCAGGAUCAUCCAAUAAAAUGUUCAUGGUCAGAGUGCUUUGUGGAUACUCAGUCCAAGGGUCUGCAUCAUACAAACGGCCACCCAAGGACACGUCUGGUAGACUGUAUGACAGCUGUGUGAAUAAUGAAAGUGGCCCAAAUAUUUACUGCCUCUUUGACAACUCUCAGUGUUACCCUGCCUACGUUAUUGAGUAUAAAAAGAAAUAAUAGUCAUAAUGUUGGAUGUUGAUAGUGAUAUGUAUCUUUCUUAUUUCAUUUUAUAAUUAUUCAUUUUCCCUGUCAUUAAAUAUCAGGGUAUUAUUUUUUAUUUUUUUAUUUUGUCAGGUUCAUUAUAUUAUAAAAUAUUUCUUAUGAUUUAAACACAUUUCUCUGUAUUGCUCUUUUGUUGUAUAGUGAAAGGAAAAUUUAUAACAUAUCGCUAAAGUUUAGAGUUAGUUUGCCCAUCAAAAUCGAUCAACACCAUUUUAAUCAUCAGAUUUGUGUUGGGGCUGAUCUGUCUGUGGGGAUGCUGAUUCUGUCUGUGGGUGUGCUGAUUCUGUCUGUUGGUGUGCUGAUUCUGUCUGUGAGUGUGCUGAUUCUGCCUGUGGGUAUAGUAAUUCUUUCUCUAGGUGCAUUGAUGACUGAUUAGACCAUUUCCUGCACGAAAUGUCCUUGUGCUGUAUGUGCAAGGAAUGGAUGGGACAUCUCCAGGUGCAAAGUUAACUUUGACUUUUACAUCCCCUCUGCAGCCACUGUUCUGUUGGCCUCAUGUUGUAUGCGUCCUUUGUUUACAGAGGAAUGCCACGAUAGUCCAUCCUUUGUUUAUUCUUCCCAAAUGUCCGGGCUUAUAACGAAGGGUUUCAGUGAGGCUUUUAGGCUGUAUUUAAAAUAUUUCUUCUGUCCACAAGCAAACUGCCAUCUUUACAGCAAGCUCGUCAUGUUAUGUUGUGGAAGCGGUCAUCUGACAUUUUCAAUGCAUUAAAAUGGUAUGGACACUGGGAGGAUAUGCUUGUUAGAUUGAGUUGUGUUUUUUUUUUGUUACCAAAGUAAGUGUUUGAGAUUUGGA